UACGCAACACUGGAACAACCGAAACAACAGUCGUUAGCCCGGAUGAAUGUAUCGAAGAUCGCGCCGACUUCUCGACAAAAAGUGAGGAAAAAAAUAAGAAAGCAAACAGCCGUACUUGCCAUGUUUUGUCAUUAGACUCGGUCCCGCCUCGAGCUUCGAAAAUAACGCCAGCAACAUCUGGUGCACGGAAAUGCCGGGAGUGCAUGCGACGCCGAUGCCGACGUAACGUUGCACCUGUAGCUCCUGUAGCUACUACGGUAAUCACAUUCACCACAUUCCUCCGUCGCCUUUGAAUGAACAAUCGUGCUACGAGGGGCGUCUCGCUAUAACUGAAGUUCAUUUUUACUGAAGACUUUCGGGAGAUGAGUUCCUCGGACGACAGAAAACGGCCUAGCCCGCAGGAGGUGUUUUCCGCCGAUCAGGAAGCUGGGAGCGAGCUCAGAGACGACGACCCUACGGGUAGACGCACGACGCGGAGGCGAAGGGCCCGCCUCGACCCGAAGGAGAUGGGCGACAGGCAAGCUGCCGGUGGAACAGCUGGACCUCCCGGCGAUGACGGCGCCAGCUACGCUUCCGACGAGGAGAGUGGCAACGGUCAGCACGCAAAGCAGGCGCGCUUGGGCAGCGCUGCCGACCGUCGCGGCGAGCGCCCAGCGGCGGCGGCAACUUCCGAAGGCGGCGGCCAAGACUGCCCAGACGUGGACAGCGAGAUGGAGGACCCUACAGGGCUGGAAGGGGCCGCCUUCCAGAGCCGUCUCCCUUUCGACAAGAUGACGGCUCAGGAAGCGGCCUGCUUCCCAGACGUGGCGCAGGGCCCCCAGCAAACGCAGAAGGUGUUCCUGCACAUCCGCAACCGGCUUCUGCAGCUGUGGCUGCAGAACCCCAAGAUGCAGCUGAUAUUCGAGAACGCGCUUCCGCAAAUCGAACCACCGUACAACAGCGACGCGCCUUUCGUGAUGCGCGUGCACGCCUACCUCGAGCGCCAGGGGCUCAUCAACUUCGGCGUGUACGAACGCAUUCGUGGGCCGCCGGCCAAGAAGCACGGAAAGGUCAUUGUCGUAGGAGCCGGCAUCUCGGGCCUGGCUGCGGCGCAGCAGCUCCAGCAGUUCGGUAUGGAGGUGAUCGUUCUCGAGGCCCGAGACCGCGUCGGAGGUCGCGUGGCUACUUUCCGCAAGGGCAACUACAUUGCCGACCUGGGUGCCAUGGUGGUCACGGGACUGGGCGGCAAUCCCGUGGCCGUGCUGAGCCGGCAGAUCAAGAUGGAGCUGCAUCGGAUCCGUCAGAAGUGUCCGCUCUACGAGUCCAACGGCACCACAGUGCCGAAAGACAAAGAUGAGAUGGUAGAGCGCGAGUUUAAUCGGCUUCUUGAGGCAACAUCUUACCUGUCGCAUCAGCUUGAUUUCAACUAUGUGCAAGGCAAGCCAGUGUCCCUAGGUCAGGCAUUGGAAUGGGUCAUAAAGCUUCAAGAAAAGCACGUAAAAGAGAAACAGAUCGAGCAUUGGAAGCUUAUACUGGAGAUGCAAGAAAAGCUCAAGACUAACCAGCAGCGCAUGCUGCAGUUGCGAGACCACAUUGAGGCCCUGCAUCAGCAGCACAAGGAGCUUGCUUCAUCCAAGGCACAGCGUGAUGUCACGCAGGAGUUUGUUCUGCGAAGCAAGCAGCACGAACUAACUUGUGCCUGCCGGGAUUGGGACCAGCUUGUGGAGCAGCAGAAAGAGAUAGAGGACAAGUUGCAAGAGAUGGAGGCAUCUCCUCCGAGCGACGUCUACCUCUCGUCCCGUGAUCGACAGGUCCUUGACUGGCAUUUUGCCAACCUGGAGUUUGCCAAUGCCACUCCAUUGAACAACCUGUCACUCAAGCACUGGGAUCAAGACGACGAUUUCGAAUUUACUGGUGCACAUUUGACCGUACGUAAUGGUUACUCAUGCGUUCCUGUUGCCCUUGCAGAAGGGCUUGAAAUUCGACUCAAUACCGCUGUCAAACAGAUCCGCCAUGGCAGCACAGGGGUCGAAGUGCUAGCCGCUAACACACGUAGCAGCGGUGGUCUCAUAAGCUUCAAAGCAGACGCUGUCCUUAGCACACUCCCACUCGGUGUCAUGAAACAAGCAGUGCAGGGCAACCCCAAUGUACCAAACACCGUGCAAUUCAUCCCACCUCUUCCAGAGUGGAAAGUUAGCUCCAUUCAACGGCUCGGUUUUGGCAACCUCAAUAAGGUGGUGCUUUGCUUUGACCGUAUCUUCUGGGAUCCCAAUGCCAACCUUUUCGGACACGUUGGUAGCACAACAGCCAGCAGAGGCGAACUAUUCCUUUUCUGGAACCUUUACCGAGCACCUGUGCUUCUGGCAUUGGUGGCCGGUGAGGCAGCGGCCAUCAUGGAGAAUGUCAGUGACGACGUCAUUGUAGGGCGCUGCCUGGCUGUGCUGAAGGGUAUUUUUGGCAGUGUACCGCAACCGAAGGAAACUGUUGUGACUCGCUGGAGGGCUGACCCGUGGUCAAGAGGCUCUUACUCCUAUGUGGCCACGGGUGCCUCUGGAAGUGACUACGACAUCCUGGCAACUCCUGUGACGCCACCCUCGGUGGUUCCGGGCUCCUCACAGCCACAAUCACUGCCCCGGUUAUUCUUUGCUGGUGAACACACAAUUCGCAAUUAUCCAGCCACUGUGCACGGUGCAUUACUAAGUGGGCUGAGAGAGGCUGGUCGUAUUGCAGAUCAAUUUCUUGGCUGUCCGUAUGCUCCUCCAAGGCAACCUCAGUCAUAAGCAUUGUGCAGCAUUGAUCACGACAUCAUAGCUUCCGCAAUAGUGUUUGUAAAUGGUAGUAUGCAUUGAUGGCUUCCCGGUGCAUUCCUUUGUAGAUCUGUGUAACGUGCGUUAUUAUGUAUAUGAACAGAUUUUUCGUGAAGCACUAUUGCAUAUUCGUGUGUAAUACCUCAGAGCUAAUAAGCGGUGGGGCAAGUUAGUUUUGAAGUAGCACGAUCUGCAAUCAUAAUAUAAGCAACACAAUAUAUUUAAAAUGGGCUUAUGCAAUUGUGUAGUGAGGCUGUACCUCUUUCUUUGUUUUUAUUUUCGUUUGCUAGUGUUCUUGAUGAUUAACCUUUGGGUUGGCAUCAUACACCGACACAUUUUUCAGCAACACACUGCAGCAGGUUGUGACUUGUCAACAGCUUGAGCAGCCCUCUUUUCAUUACUUCAUCUAUGCCCACGAAACGCGCUUCGUUAAAAUGUGUGUACGUCCUUGGGAAGUGUGUAAAUGUCAGGUAGGGUCACAUUUGUGUUGAACUGUGGUACCAACGAAAUACUGUAUGCAUUGUUGGACAAAUCCAAAUGCUUUUUUUGCUGAAACUUUGCCCCUUUCUUGCUUGCUCACCCUUUAAGGG